AUGAAUAAACAAGACAUGAUGCUAGGUCCUAGGCCGACCAAGGCCUGUGUAUCAGGGGCACCUCCAUGUCGUCGCUGUCGAAAUGCACGUACAACAUGCGUGUUUAAGCCGCGGGCUAAUGUAGGUGUUUAUGUAUCCGGGUUAAGUUGCGAGGGGGUUAUUUACUUACCUUUUCAGGCGUCCGCUAUACACGAGUUGCUGGAUGAGACGCAUGAACUAAGUGUCUCGAGACAAUCGACGAGUGAUCAUCAGGCGGUUUUGGAUCGAUUAGAGAGGAUUGAAGCUGCGCUGGGAAUUGGAGAUACACCUGAUGAAGCUCCUUUGUCUCAUAAACUGAGCGUAGAUGAGGAUGAGGAUGAGGAUGUCCCCUUGCGAGGGGUCUGGAAAGCCGUUGCUCAUCUAAGAUCAAAUACGCGGCCGAUCCCGGAUGAGAGUAUCUGGUCUCGACCUAUUGUCAAGCGACUGUGGAGCUCCUUCUUGAAUAAUUUGCCUCUACUUCACUUCUUGAAAGACCGUGAUGCAUUUGCCUCACCAACACCCCUGCUGCUUGCUUCUAUUCUAUACAUUUCAGCCCUCCACAGCCGAUCCUCGGAGCUAGCAGCAAUGGAAUCAGGCUACUUUGCAGCUACGUGCAGCACAAUAGCCGAAUUAGUCACUCCAUCGCUUGACCUGGGAUCUAAAUUCGCAGAGACUCAUACAGGAAAGCAGGACUCUCCACAGAUUAAAAAGUACAAAGCAUUCCACAAUAUUAUCGGCUUGAUCAUGGCAAGUCUAAGCUCAGAAGCUUAUAUCGAAGCGACUGGUUCGUGGAUUGCUAUGGCGUAUCGCCUUUGGCUCGAUAAUUGUCCCUCUGAAUUGGAGACGUAUACACCGGAUUGGCGAGGCUUGUUUUCUGGCCUUCAAGUCAUUGACAUCGAACACGCCUCAAUGCACAUGUCCUAUCCUCUUCUCCCUCGCCAACCUCCAACACCAGGCAUCCAGCGUCUAGACAGCCAUCAAGGUAACGCUUUCCAGGGACUUGCGGAAAUGAUGCAUUACGGUCUGAGCCACUUUGUCGGCAGGGGCCUACCGACCAUCUGGUGUUCGAUAAAUGCCGAAUGCGCCGAGAGGGCGCCCGUGCCUCGGAAUCCAUUCACGGAGCAUGAUUCUGAGGUCAUUCGUCUUUGGGCUCGCAAGCUUGAUGAUUGGCUGGUUCGGUAUAAUGGUGCCUCUCAGCCUUCUCCGUCAGAUCGACAGGGAAUCUUGAUCUUGCUCCAGUAUCAUUUGCAUAAGCUCUAUGUGCUCUCUAUUUAUCAUCCCGCACGGGGAUUUGAUAUUAGUUUGGCGAAUAUUAGCCCUGCUGAGAGACAUGAAUUGCUGGUUUCGGCACGGGCUGUUUUGAGAUUGAGGCAAGAUGAUGCUAGUAUUUGGUCUAAUUGGGAUCUGAUAAUGAUCACUUGGGCGGCCAUUUUACUUCUUCGCGGCGUCGAAGAUGGAAUGACACACCAAGACGAUCUAUACUUAAUUCAAGCCCACCUUCGAAGCUUAGGAAGGAGCCAUCAAUCAGCAGCCAGCAUCCACACUGUUUUAUCACAACGGCUCGAAUCUAGCAUGCAAGCAAUGCACACGCCACCAGAUACAAGCACUGCAUUGGCGUUUCCAGGUCCCAUGGCAGAUGACUCGUGGACAAUAUUUGACCAGGAAAUUAUGUCCCUAGCAAAUCCACCCUGGCUAUUUGAUGAUCCGACAUCGUUCCCGAGCCAGAAAUCUUCCAAUGAGACACAAUUGCAAAGCUUGUCUUCAGUUGCAUAUGAUUCUGGUAUUCUAAACAGUGCGCAAUAUGCAUCUAAUGGGCAAUGGAACUCCACGGAAGAAAUACAGUGUGCUUUACCGCCGACAUUGAACAGAAUAUUUGGGAAUCAGAAUUAG